AUGAGUGAAGCUGAAGCAAGUAAUCAAACUAUAGAACCAUAUAUAACCGAAGAUAUUGACACAAAUGAUUACAUGGAAGCAACAUAUGACCAUGAAAAAUUAAACAGUAUCGGUGUGAACAUUGAAUUUGAUGAAGAUGAUAUUGAUGAUGAAACGAUAUUGGGAAAGAUUUUUGAUACACCCGAUGAUGCCUAUACAUUUUAUAAUGAUUAUUCAUUUUUGCAUGGCUUUGGUAUACGUAAAGAUGACACAAUUAAAAAUCCUACAACAAAUGAGCCUUUUUGGAAGAUAUAUGUAUGCAACAAAGAAGGUUUCAAACGGAUGGACAAAAAUGAUUCAAGUGAAAAUGAGAAAAAACGUCGUAGAGAUGUGAGAACCGGAUGUCAUGCAAAGAUUCGAAUAACAAGACAGGAGGAUGGGAAAUGGUUGGUGGACUCCUUUAAUGACAUACACAAUCACGACUUGACCAUGACACCUACGAAGGUUAUGAAGCAUCGAUCUCAUAGCAAUUUCCACCGUUCAAUAGAAGGUAAAUCGCUUAUGGUGCAAUUUGGUGAAGCAGGGUUGAGACCUUCUCAGAUUAAAAAGGUUGUUAACACAAUGAAAACCUCAAAUGUAGCUGAUGUAACUUCAAAGCAAUGUGCUAAUGUCUUAUCUGAGCAUCGAAAACAACUUAGAGGAAAGGAGUUCUAUGGACUUAUAAAACAUUUUCAAGAUAAAACAUUAGAUGACAGUGACCAGUAUUUUGUUGUGGAUUUGUCUGAUGAUGGGUAUCCUAGAAAUAUCUUUUGGGCUGAUGGUAGAUCAAGAGAUGCCUAUACAAAAUUCAGAGAUGUUGUUGUGUUUGAUGUCACUUAUAUGACUAACAAAUUCAAGAUGCCUUUUGCUCCCUUUACUGGAGUGAAUCAUCAUGGACAGUCUAUACUUUUUGGUGGAGCAUUGCUUGAAAACAAAAAGGAAGAGACAUUUGAAUGGUUAUUUGAACAUUUCCUCAAAUGUAUGUUUGGCAAGUAUCCGCAGGCAAUUAUUAUUGAUCAAGACAAAGCAAUGGGAAAUGCAAUAAAAAAAGGUGUUUCCGGAUACUCGACAUCGUUUUUGUUCAUGGCAUAUCAUGAAACAUGA